AUGGCCCGCACGGGCCUCGCGGACGCAACGGCGCCGGAAGCCGACGCAAUGCCGGCCGCCAGCAAGGACGCGGCCGACGUCCGCAUGAUCUCCACCAAGGAGCUGCAGGCGCACGCCGCCGCGGACGACCUCUGGAUCUCCAUCUCCGGGGACGUCUACGACGUCACGCCCUGGCUGCGCCACCACCCGGGCGGCGAGGUCCCGCUCAUCACCCUCGCCGGCCAGGACGCCACCGACGCCUUCAUGGCCUACCACCCGCCCUCCGUGCGCCCGCUCCUCCGCCGCUUCUUCGUCGGCCGCCUCUCCGACUACACCGUCCCCCCCGCCUCCGCCGACUUCCGCCGCCUCCUCGCGCAGCUCUCCUCCGCGGGCCUCUUCGAGCGCGUCGGCCACACCCCCAAGUUCCUGCUCGUCGCAAUGUCGGUGCUCUUCUGCAUCGCCCUCUACUGCGUCCUCGCCUGCUCCAGCACCGGGGCCCACAUGUUCGCCGGCGGCCUCAUUGGCUUCAUCUGGAUCCAGUCGGGCUGGAUUGGCCAUGACUCCGGCCACCACCAGAUCACCAAGCACCCUGCGCUCAACCGCCUCCUGCAGGUGGUAUCUGGGAACUGCCUCACCGGCCUCGGCAUCGCCUGGUGGAAGUUCAACCACAACACACACCACAUCUCCUGCAACAGCCUCGACCAUGACCCUGACCUCCAGCACUUGCCGCUCUUCGCGGUUUCCACCAAGCUCUUCAACAACCUUUGGUCAGUCUGCUACGAGCGCACCUUGGCGUUUGAUGCCAUAUCCAAGUUCUUCGUCAGCUACCAGCACUGGACAUUCUACCCGGUGAUGGGAUUUGCAAGGAUAAAUCUUCUAGUGCAGUCAAUCGUGUUCCUGAUCACGCAAAAGAAGGUGCGGCAGCGUUGGCUGGAGAUCGCCGGAGUUGCCGCGUUCUGGGUUUGGUACCCCUUGUUGGUCUCUUGCCUGCCGAAUUGGUGGGAGAGGGUUGCUUUUGUGCUUGCAAGCUUUGUGAUCACGGGGAUUCAGCAUGUGCAGUUCUGCCUGAACCACUUCUCAUCCGCCGUGUAUGUUGGGCCACCAAAGGGGAACGACUGGUUUGAGAGGCAAACCGCGGGCACACUUGAUAUCAAGUGCUCCCCGUGGAUGGAUUGGUUCCAUGGUGGUCUUCAGUUCCAGGUUGAACACCAUUUGUUUCCUCGCCUGCCUCGGUGCCACUACAGGAUGGUCGCGCCGAUUGUGCGCGACCUUUGCAAGAAGCAUGGGCUGUCUUAUGGUGCUGCCACAUUCUGGGAGGCCAAUGUAAUGACAUGGAAGACGCUAAGGGCUGCAGCAUUGCAGGCCAGGGAAGCCACCACUGGAGCUGUUCCGAAGAAUCUGGUCUGGGAAGCUUUGAACACUCAUGGAUGA